AUCCUUCCUGUCUCAUCUUCGCAUCCCACGUUCUGAUCUUCACGUACUCUUUGAGUGUGGAGCCACGUUGCAAGAGAAAGAAAAUGAAGCGGCGUUUCGAGAUCACCGUGAUAUCCAGCGAAGACCUACGAUACCACAAGAAGCCCUUGAAGAACGCCAUCGUGGUGGUCCGAGCGGACUCCGACCACCACUGCAUGACAAAACCGGCGGCGGAGGACGGAACAAACCCUAGAUGGAACGAGAAGCUCUUCUUGGACGUGCCGUUGCAUGGGGGGUUCAUUACCGUGGAAGUCCAUUGCAAGCAGCCGUCGUGGCGCGAUCAUAAGCUGGUCGGUGGAGUGAGAAUACCGGUUUCGGAUAUUCUUGACGGCCUUACGCCAGAAAAUUAUGUGCAUUUUCUGAGUUAUAGGUUGAGGGAUAAUUACGGUAUAAGUAAUGGCAUUAUCAAUAUUUCGGUGAAAUUAACAGCUCCGGCAUAUGUGAUGCCGGAGUCGCAGCCGGAGUUGGGAGUUCCGAUGGGUGAAAGAAAGGUGGCUGGUGGAGUAUUAGUGACCGGAGUUCCGGUUUGGUUUGCUGAACCAUGUAGACAUUAAAAAGAUACCAAAGUUACCAGUUGGUUGAAAAUAUAUCCUGAAUUCCUAAUUCUACCGAUAUUCAUAUCGCUUGUUG